AUGGGAAUCAUAAACACCGAUACAAGUCCGAGCAAACGUGAACGAACGAAGUAUGAAGCAUUCCAGGAAUGGAUGGAGGAGAUGGACAAACAGCACCCAGGGCUCACUGGCCUAAGCAAUCUGGGCAACACCUGCUACAUGAAUGCAAUUUUGCAGUGCCUCUGCAGCGUGCCACCCUUCGUGGAGUAUUUCCUCUCAGGAAAGUACAAAGCAGCCUUACACAAGGAGAAUGGCGAGGCUGCGGCUGCCUUUGGCUGUUUGAUAUCCGAUAUGUGGCUUGGAGAGUUGGAUUGUGUUUCCCCGGAGGGUUUUCAUUCAGCCCUUGGGAAGCGGUACCCAACAUUUAGCAAGAGGACACAGCAGGAUGCCCAGGAGUUUCUGAUGUGUGUGCUGAAUGAGCUCCAUGAGGCUCUCAAGACAUCAAGGAAGAAAAGAGGCGUAACUGACGCAAAAGCAAGCAGAGGGAGUGUCGGUGAAACAUCUAUUAUCACACAGUUAUUUGAGGGACAACUCAGUUACGAUAUCACGUGUCUGGAAUGCAAGAUCACCACCAACAGACCCGAGAUCUUCACUGUUCUUUCCUUGCCCAUCCCUUCCAAGAGCGCCUGCUCUCUGCAGGACUGUCUCAAAUGCUUCUUUCAGCAAGACACACUGACUUGGAACAACCAAAUCCACUGUUCCUGGUGUGGAACUAAACAAGAUGCUGCAGUAAAGGGCACCAUAACCAAGGCACCACAGAUCAUCAUUUUUCACCUAAAGAGGUUUGAAUGGCAAGGGAAGCACAACAGGAAACUCUCAACCGACAUCUACUAUCCACUCAGCAACCUGGAUCUCUCUCCUUACAGUUCCCCGCUUACGUGCAAGGACACAGAGUACAGCCUGUGCGCUGUAGUGGUGAGCUCUGCCUUUCCUGCUGCUACCUGUAAUGCCCUCCCUCGGGGGCAGAUGAAGCUGGG